AUGGCCGGUCACGUGCGGUUGCUGGCCCUUGCUGCGUUCGUCGACGGGCAGGUAACGAACUUGGCUCUUGGCAGAGUUCCCUUUGCAUCUUCCGAAACGGCGGAGGGCGAUGUGUCGAAGGCCACUGAUGGCGAUUUACAGAGCCAGUGGCAUUCGCGCGGCCGAGAUCUUUUGGAACCCAGGCCAGACUGGCGCUUGCCAGAGCACUACUUCGUCGAGGAGCCACCGGCCAGUGUUCCAGAAUGGCGCUUGCCAAGUUUCAACAUGAUGCAGGGCGACUACCCUGGAGUCUUGUUGGUGGAUCUGGGUGCGCCUUCUCGAAUUGACAAUCUGCGGCUCUACAUGUCGACAGAUCCUGGUGGUUUCCGAACCCUGAAAGUCUACCGCUCCUUGGACGGUUUGACUUGGCUGCUGACACGUGAAGAGAAGAGCGAACUCUAUUGCAGUGCAGGUGUAACGGGCCUCCACCCUGGAUGGCCGCAGGCCACGCGCUACGUGCUUCUGGAGAUGCAAGAUCGCUGUUCAGGCUUUCAUCAUCCUGGCAUCUUCAGCGUCGCGGAAUGGCAGAUUUGGGGCUCUCCGUGGGUCCAGAUGAUUCCCUUCCUCCAGCGCUCCUGGCCUUUUUGUCCAGACCUGCGGCCGUGUUUUGCAUAUUUGGAGCUCGAGGCAACCAAGAGGGCUUGCUUGGCCGACGAUGCCUGCGACGGCUUCUCCUUUUCCUCCGAGCGCAUGAUGGGUGGCAGCGGCAGUGGCUGCUUCAAAACCCAUUGCCGCGGCAACGACGAGGUGAACGGCACCGAAGCCUUGAAGCUCCCCGCGGUGCCCUUGGGGCGUGGCAGCUUUGGAUACUGGGCCAAACGUCGUUGGCCGCCUCCUUUCGAGCUGCAACACUACCAGGCUGCCUUUUCAGUGCAGUACACUGGCUCCGUGAACAGUAUCUGA